GGCUGUCCGACGAGAUGCCGCAGAGAAAACGGAGUUUCACUUUUGGAGCGUAUGGAGGAGUUGACAAGACAUUCUCCAGAACUAGAAGUGGGUGGAAACAGGAUGGAGGAGAGCCUCGUAUCUCUAGUACUCUAGACGCUUCAUUAUUCCAGGCUCCGCUACCCUACACUGCAUCUGCAUUCCUCAAGAGCAACAGAAUGGAUGAACAGCGUUGUUCUGUUCCUCCACCUCUCAAAACAGAGGAAGACUACAUUCCUUACCCCAGUGUCCAUGAGGUUUUGGGCAGAAAGAGCCCCUUCCCUCUGAUUCUGCUUCCUCAGUUUGGUGGUUACUGGAUUGAAGGUACCAACCACGAGCUGACCAGUGGAAAUGGUUCGGAUCAGCUGCCGUCGCCUACGUCCCACAUGAAGCUGGAGUGCAACACUACAGCCAUGAUCUACCGAAAACACUUUAUGGGCAAGGAGCACUUCAAUUACUACACACUGGACAGCGCACUAGGCCACCUGGUCUUCUCUGUUAAAUAUGAAGUGAUUGGGGACCAGGAGCACCUCCGUCUGAUGCUCAGGACCAAACAGAAGACGUAUCACGACGUGAUUCCGAUUUCAUGCCUGACUGAAUUUCCUAACGUUAUCCAGAUGGCCAAGCUCGUGUGUGAGGAGGUCAACGUAGAUCGCUUUUUCCCAGUGCUGUACCCAAAGGCUUCAAGGCUUAUUGUCACGUUUGAUGAGCAUGUGAUUAGUAACAACUUUAAGUUUGGGGUGAUAUAUCAGAAGUUCGGACAGACUGUAGAGGAGGAGCUGUUUGGAAAUAAUGAGGAGAGCCCAGCUUUCAUGGAGUUUUUAGAAUUUCUGGGACAAAAAGUUGUGCUUCACGACUUUAAAGGAUUUCGAGGUGGAUUGGAUGUGACCCAUGGGCAGACAGGCACAGAAUCAAUCUACUCCAACUUUCAUAAUAAAGAAGUCAUGUUCCAUGUGUCCACCAAGCUCCCCUACACUGAGGGAGACACACAGCAGCUGCAGAGAAAGAGACAUAUAGGAAAUGACAUUGUAGCUAUUGUGUUUCAAGAGGAAAACACUCCCUUCGUGCCAGACAUGAUUGCAUCCAACUUCUUACACGCCUACAUUGUGGUGCAGGUGGAGAACGCCUGUACUGAAAAUGUGCUCUACAAGGUGUCAGUAACAGCACGAGAUGAUGUCCCAUUCUUUGGACCAGCCCUGCCUGAUCCUGCCGUAUUUAGAAAAGGACCCGAAUUGCACGAGUUCUUAUACACAAAGAUGAUAAAUGCAGAGUACGCGUGCUACAAAGCAGAGAAGUUUGCCAGGCUGGAGGAGCGCACCCGGGGGGCUCUUUUGGAGACGCUGUAUGAAGAAUUACAUGCCAACAGUCAAGCCAUGAUGGGGAUUGGUGGCGAUGAGGAGAAGCUGGAGAACGGAGGAGGAGGAGGAGGGGGCUUCUUCGAAUCCUUUAAGCGAGUUAUCCGCAACAGGAGCCACUCCCUGGAUGCCAUGAGUUUUAGUAUCAAGAAGCAUGCAGUCUCCUCUAGUCCCAGCGGCAGUUUAAACCACAACAACCACGAUCAGCUGCCCUCACCAGAGACCCCCAAAAUCCCUACGAUAUCAUUGCUUGUCCCAGGAAAAAGUCCCAGUAAAUAUGGACGUCGCGGCAGUGCCAUAGGGAUAGGCACGAUAGAAGAGUCUCUGAUAAUUCCGGGUAGAAGCCCAACACGCAAAAAGUCUGGUCCAUUCACGUCUCGUAGGAGCAGUGCUAUCGGCAUCGAGAACAUCCAGGAGGUUCAGGAGAAAAGCAGAGAGAACUCACCCAACACACAGAAAACCUCAGACAGUGGGCACGCAUCCCAGGAUCCCAGGUCAGAAAACUCCUCCAACCAGAGCUCACCUGAAGGCCAUGUUUCUAAGAACAGCUCAGUGAUGUGCUGCAGGGCUCCUUCCAUCCCUGAAACUCAAGACAUCUCACGCUCCUCUUCGAAUUCCAGCAGUUUUGCCAGUGUGGUAGAAGAAAUUGAGAUUGAAGCCACAGAGGAUUAUGAUACAGGAAUGGAAAGUUUGUCGUCGUCAGGGACACUACACAAGCAAGGCUCGUUUAACUGCAGUGCAUGGCUGGAGGACAGCGUUAACAAUGUCAGCGGCAAAAGGAGGGGAAGCUAUUCCUCUCCGGGAAAGCCUCCUGAUAUCCGCAUCAGUCUGGACGGACAGCAAGAUCCCAAAUCUACAUCAAACUGCUAGCCUCUUCCACAGGAUUGCAUCGUGGAUUUCCAUCAACAGUGAUCUAUAUCACAUUCCUAUAAGAAUCAUCUCUGCUUUGCUGCUACUACUGAAGCUGAAGAUUAUGAUGAUGAUAAUAAAGAUGAUGAUGAUGAAAGAAGAUGGUUCCAGUCUGCACUACAGUAACAGAUGACAGGAUCAUAAGCGUACAUUGCAUCAGACUUGCUUUAUCAGGCCCAAAGUAGCAGAGAUUUGGAAAAGACCUCAUUUGCACUGCACCACUGUCUUUUUCAUUUUCUUUUCCUAGUUUUCUCCCAAAAAAUAUAAUUUAUUCUGUUCUGUCGUCUGUGGUGCCUUUGGUCAGUGUAAUUAUAAAUGUGUGUCUAGUGCCCAUUGAGCAAACAUUGCUACCUGUUUCCUAACCUGGCAAACAUGGUUUCUACAUGCUCCUAAAGCUGUGAACUCUACAGAAAUUCUUUUUUUUUCCACUACAUUCAACCAGAACUUAUUUGUAGCCCUUAAACUGAAUAGAAUGUUUCUCAGGCAUCUGCAUGUUGGUUUUUUUUUUCUUUUUUUUAUAUUUGCCUGUAGGUAAACAAUAAUGCUACUGAUAUUGUUGCUGAUACUGUUAUUUUGUGUUUAAGCCAUGUUGUUAGUGAUGCCACAUUAACAUAAUCCUAAUCUAAGAGAAAUAGCCCUUCCCUCACAGUCUGUUAACAUCAUCCGGCUAUUAGAUGGGGAAAACAGCUAAAAUGUCACAUCAAAUAUACAAAGCAUUUACUUUCAAAUCCUUUGUUAAACUGUCAGUUGACUUAGCUUGACAUAUUUCUU